UUUAUUUUGUUGACGCCCACUGGAGUGUGAUUGGAGGAACAGAUCCUCCUCAGCUUUUAUAGAGAGCCACUGAGCGUGUGCAGCAAGUGUGUUUGUGAAGGUGCGUGCCCUGACACAGCAUGUUUGAAGAGCUCCUGCAGGCUCCUGCUUUGGCCUCCUGGUUGGGGCUUCUUGCAGGCUUGCUGGCCGUCUAUCUUUUGUACUCAAGUUGGACUUUCCAAGAUAAACAGAAGCGUCCUCCUGGGCCCAGACGUCUUCCUUUGCUUGGUAACCUGCAUCAGUUGGAUCUUGAGAAGGUUGAUAAGUCUCUUUUUAAGCUGUCUAAAAGGUACGGACCGGUGUUUACCAUCUACUUCGGACUCAAAAAAGUGGUGGUCUUGGCUGGAAGCAAGGCUGUCAGACAGGCUCUCAUCAACCAUGCUGAGGAGUUUGGGGAGAGAGAAAUCACCCCUUUAUUCCACGAUUUUACCAAAGGCCAUGGCAUAGUAUUCUCCAAUGGUGGUGGCUGGAAGGAAAUGAGGCGCUUUACCUUAACAACUUUGAAAGAUUUUGGGAUGGGCAAGAGACUCAUUGAGGAGAAAAUCACUGAGGAGUGUUACAACCUGAUUGAAGAGUUUGAAAAACAUAAAGGCAAAGCCUUUGACAACACAAUGAUCAUCACCUACGCAGCUUCAAAUAUCAUUUCUGCCAUCAUAUUCGGAAAGAGGUUUGACUUCAAAGAUCCAGUCCUGCGGGAUCUGGUGGAAAAUGACAAAGACAUCAUCCGUCUGUCUGGAAGUGCUUCCAUCGUGAUCUACAAUACGUUUCCAAUGCUGGGUCCUUGGCUUAAAAACUGGAGGGAUUUAAUGAGGAGUACUGAGGACUACAAGCAGCAUUUAUUGCAAUUAGUAAACAAACUAAGGGAGACUUUUAAUCCUGACAUAUGUCGGUGCUUUGUCGAUGCUUUCUGCACACGUAAGCUGAGUCUGGAGGAGUCUGAUGCUCAGAGGGUGCACUACCAUGAUGAAAACCUGGUCAGCAGCUUGAUGGAUUUGUUUGGAGCUGGAACGGACACAACAUCAAACACUCUUCGCUGGAGUCUACUUUUAAUGGCCAAGUACCCUCAAAUACAAGAUCGGGUCCAGGGGGAGCUUAGUAGAGUGGUUGGAGACCGUCAGAUCAAAAUGGAGGACAGGAGGAACCUGCCUUACAUCGAUGCUGUCAUCCACGAGACGCAGAGGUUCGCCAACAUUGUCCCCAUGUCCGUCACUCACAGCACCAGCAGAGACGUCACCUUCCAGGGAUACUUCAUUGAAAAGGGGACCACUGUGCUCCCUCUGCUGACAUCUGUCCUCUAUGAUGAGAGUGAGUGGGAGACACCAAACACCUUCAACCCUUCCCACUUCCUGGACGAGGAGGGUAAAUUCAUCAGGAGGGAUGCUUUCUUGCCCUUCUCUGCAGGCCGCAGGGUUUGUCUUGGGGAAGGUCUGGCCCGGAUGGAGCUCUUCCUCUUCUUCACACACAUCCUGCAGCGCUUUCGAUUCACCCCUGCACCCGGGAUGUCGGAGGAACAGCUGGAUUUGACACCAGCGGUGGGCUUUACCCUCAGUCCUCUACCACACCAGUUGUGUGCUGUCAGUCGCCACUGAGAAGAAGUUGUUUAGAUAAAAGUAAAAGGAGUGUCUAAUACCUUUGCACUCACACUGUCAAUUUAGGAUCAAUGAUUGAUAUAGUUAACAUUAAAAUGGAGUUUACCUGGUCUAAAAUACCAAAAGACUGCAAAUAAUGACCAAAAUGUGACAUAUGAAUGACUUUCAUACAACCAAUAUACCGUUACUUUUCUGGA